GUCCUGCUAAAGAAAGCAGCACCGAAUAAGUACGUGGCAGAUGGGGCUGCCAACCAGUGUCAAGACCGAGCUUCAUGGGUUCCUGGACGCUCAGCCAGGCGUAGUCUCCUAAGGGCCGCCUGGCUCUUGGGAGCAGAAGCCAGUUUCCCGCCAUCUGCUCUCCGUGGAGGCAGUGCGCUCGCGGCUGCUGCCCUUUGGGUUCCAGCUGAGGAAGGAGCGUGGAUCCCAGACUUGUUCUUUGCCUGGGCUGCCCCUGCGGCCCCUGGGGCGGGGCUGCUGCGGCGCCAGCUCCAAGGGCGGAUGCAGGCGGGAGAGGCCUCCUGGGAGAAGCAGGGCGCGGUCCCAGCUACGCAGAGGCUAGUAUGCCUACCCUCCACUCCUCACCACGCCCCCAUCUCCGUCCGUGUACACACACUCACGCAAGCACGCCACUCCACCCAGACGCAAAGCAGGAUUCAAAAGAACAACUUUGCGUUUUCUACGCACUCCCCAUCGUCGUACUAGGGAGGAAGAAGCGGGUGAGAAACAAAACUUCUUUCUACCGUCCUGCCCGUUUCUGCCGACUUGUUCAGAGGCCGAGGAGCCUGUGUUGGAAGAGAUGGUGAUGCGCCUGGGCCUUUUCUUGUUGGUCUUCAUGCUGGGUCUGGGUCUGACCCCACCCACCCUGGCUCAGGAUAACUCCAGGUACAGAGACUUCCUGACCAAGCACUAUGAUGCCACACCACAGGGCCGGAAUGACAGAUACUGUGAAAGCAUGAUGAGGAGACGGGGCCUGACCUCACCCUGCAAAGACAUCAACACCUUUAUUCAUGGCAACAGUCGCCACAUCAAGGCCAUCUGUGGAGAUGAGAAUGGAAACCCUUACGGAGAAAACCUAAGAAUAAGCAAGUCUCCUUUCCAGGUCACCACUUGCAACCUACGUGGAGGAUCCUCCCGGCCUCCAUGCCGGUACCGAGCCACAGCAGGGUUCAGAAACAUUGUUGUUGCUUGUGAAAAUGACCUGCCUGUCCACUUGGAUCAGUCAAUUUUCCGUCCGUAACCAGCGGGCCACUGGUCAAGUGCUGGCUCUGCUGCCCUUGCCUUACAUUUCCCCUCUGCACCCUAAAACAGUGUGGCAACAUGCAUUGCCAAGGGCCCAAAGAAAGAGCUACCUGGACCUUUUGUUUUCUGUCUGACAACAUGUUUAAUAAAUAAACAUGUGGCUGGUAUCAGUAAGAA